CAGUUCACAGCAGAGGAUCACACGCACUCGCCUCCUGUGUCUGCGUGGGUUGUGGUCGAGACAUACAUGCACGCUAGCCUCGCCUCCUACGCCGCGGCAGCUAUGCCGGCGCUGGACCUCCGCCCCGAGAUAGCGCACGCGCACCAGCCCGUCAUGUCGCCCUCGCGCCACGGCUGGGACGGCAAUGGCGCCGCAGCAGUGUCCAGCCCUAUGCCCAAGAGGCUGGACGGCAAGGUGGCCAUUGUGACGGGCGGCGCGCGCGGGAUCGGCGAGGCCAUCGUGAGGCUGUUCGUCAAGCACGGGGCGCGGGUGGUGAUCGCGGACAUCGACGAGGCCGCGGGGGACGCGCUGGCGUCGGCGCUGGGCGCGCGGGCCAGCUUCGUGCGCUGCGACGUGUCCGUGGAGGAGGACGUCCGGCGCGCCGUGGACUUUGCCCUGUCGCGCCACGGCGGACGGCUCGACGCCUACUGCAGCAACGCCGGGGUGCUGGGCCGGCAGACGCGCGCCGCCAGGAGCGUCCUCUCCCUGGACGCCGGCGAGUUCGACCGCGUGCUCCGCGUCAACGCGCUGGGCGCCGCGCUCGGGAUGAAGCACGCGGCGCUGGCCAUGGCGCCGCGCCGCGCCGGGAGCAUCGUCUCCGUCGCCAGCGUCGCCGGCGUGCUCGGCGGCCUCGGCCCGCACGCCUACACCGCCUCCAAGCACGCCGUCGUCGGCCUCACCAAGAACGCGGCCUGCGAGCUCGGCGCGCACGGCGUCCGGGUCAACUGCGUGUCGCCCUUCGGCGUCGCCACGCCCAUGCUCAUCAACGCCUGGCGCCAGGGCCACCACGGCGCCGGCGCCGGCCUCGACGACCUCGACGUCACCGUGCCCAGCGACGAGGAGGUGGGGAAGAUGGAGGAGGUGGUCAGGGAGCUGGCCACGCUCAAGGGCCCCACUCUCAGACCCAUGGACAUCGCCGAGGCCGUGCUCUUCCUGGCCAGCGACGAGUCCAGAUAUAUCUCCGGCCACAACCUCGUCGUCGACGGCGGCGUCACCACUUCCAGGAACCUGAUCGGCUUAUGAAUGUGAUCCGUUCCAUGGCUACGCUAAAUAGAGAAGGAACAAUUAAAUUGGUAACUUAGUUGUACUAGCUUGGAGUGAUCGAUUUCAUUUGGUUGAUUCAUGAACGGAAGUGUUUGGCUUGAUCAUCUGAUGAGCAUUGCUGUUGCGUUUCAGCAAUUGCAUUUCAUGGGCACUGAAUUGUCUGGUUUCUCCUGGUGGUCCUGCCACGUGAACGAGGAACCGUUUGU